UUGCCACUCGAGUGUGCAAAUGCAAGGACAGUGGCCUCUGGACAGGUUAGUCAGCCUUUGACCGCGGCACUGGACGGCCAUUUAACUCUAAUAACCACACAACUAACAUAAAAACAUUGUAUAUAAUGGCCAUAGAACAAGAAAAAUCGUGUUUAUAACUGUACGACUGUAAUUGUUUGUCAAUCUAGUGACUGUUUCGUUUGUGUGCAAUUGUAAACAAUCUGUGUCUGUGUACCACAAGAUAACAAUGUUUUUGAUACUGCUAGCUGUUUUCCUAGCGCUAGUUUACAAGUACUCGACCAGGAACCAUGACUACUGGCUCAAGAAGGGCGUGAAACACGACCAGCCAGUCCCGUUCUUUGGAAACAGCAUCAGACAGUACCUCCAGCGGACCAGCAUCACCGACAUCAUCACCGAAAAAUACUGGAAAUACUCCGACGAAAGAAUCAUCGGAUAUUACUCUUCCGUCGAACCUGUGCUUAUCGUACGGGAUCCCGAACUUAUCAAGCACGUUUUGGUGACGGAUUUCGCUUUUUUCUAUCAGAGGGGGUUAAAUCGUUUCACAGAUUAUGUGGAGCCGCUGUUCAAAAACUUAUUUUUUGCCGAUGGAGAUCUGUGGAAACUUCUGCGUCAGAGGAUGACGCCUGCUUUCAGCUCGGGUAAGCUGAAGGCCAUGUUCUCUCUUAUUGUGGAGAAGGCUGAACAGCUUCAGAAAGUAGCAGAGGAGUGUGCUAAGAGCGGGAAGGAGGUGGAUGUGAGGGACAUGAUGGCGAGGUACACCACAGACUUCAUAGGAGCAGUAGCAUUCGGUAUUGAAGCUGAUUCGCUCAAUGACGAAAACGGGGCCUUCAGACAACUCGGCAAAGAUAUAUUCAAAGUUACAAAACGCGAUAUCGUUGUCGUUAUACUCAAAAUUAUGUUUCCUGAAAUGUUAAAGAAAGUCCAUUACAUUAAGCCCGAAAUAGAGGAGAGAAUUGUGAAUCUAAUGAAGAGCAUAAUGUCUGAAAGAAGCUACAAGCCCAGUGGCAGAAAUGAUUUUAUUGAUCUUUUGUUAGAACUGAAAGGGCAAGGUAAAAUUGUUGGUGAAUCUAUAGAACAUAAGCACCCAGAUGGGUCACCAACAAGAACGGAAGUAGAAUUCGAUGAUUUGGUAAUGGCUGCACAAAUCUACGUAUUCUUCGCAGCCGGUUUUGAAACCUCCUCUUUAGCUACUAGCUACACGCUACACCAGCUCGCUUUCCAUCCAGAGGUGCAAUCAAAAUGUCAAGACGAAAUAGACGCAGUUUUAAAAACGUAUGACAAUAAACUUUGCUACGAUGCAGUGAGGGAGAUGAAAUAUUUGGAAAUGGCUUUCAAAGAGGCUAUGAGGAUGUAUCCCCCAUUAGGGUUUUUAAUUAGAAAAUGUACACAGAAGUACACAUUGCCUGGCACAGACGUGACUAUAGAUGCUGGGACUAAGAUGGUGGUGCCUUUGCAAGCGUUACAUAUGGAUGAGAAGUAUUUUGAAAGACCUGAAGAGUUUCUGCCGGAGAGAUUCGAUGGUAGAGAUCGGGACCUGAACAAGCAUGUGUAUAUGCCAUUUGGAGAAGGACCUCGUGCGUGUAUAGGGGAGCGUUUAGGUCAAAUGCAGUCUUUAGCAGGCUUAGCAGCGGUGUUACACAAGUUCUCAGUGGCGCCCUCUACCAACACCCUGAGGAAGCCCAUCACAGACCCAGCUGCAGCCAUUAUUCAGAGUAUCAAAGGAGGUUUACCACUGAAACUCCUUGUCAGAAAGAAGGCGAUGUAGGGCGUAGACUCCACGGAGGUAUAAGUUGGAAUUAAAAAGUUUAUUUACUCAGAACAGAGCUUUGGCAACUUUUUUAAGUAAGUUUCUUUUUUUAAUGAAUUCCUAUAUAAAUAAAAUAUUUCCUAGCUGAUAUUUACAGCCAGUACCUUAAUACAUAGUAAAGAUUAUAAAAUAAAUAAGAGACAUAGUAUUUUUAAACAAGUUCUGUAGUCGCCACUUUUUGUCGCAUCCUGCAAUGUAUAGUAUUUGUAUGUAUGACAAAUUUUCCACAAAUUCUGUCGCUUAGUUUAAUCUUGCUUUCCCCCGACAAUAUUAUUGACCCCACAAUUAGUAACACCCGUAUUGUGUUUAAUAUAAACAUCAUCAUUGAUCAUCACACUUGGACACUCGAGAUACGGGCUACACGUGUCGUAUAUUACCUUACCCCUUUUUAUUUAUUUCAACGUAACUUUUCGAUAAUGAUUGUUCAUUUGGUUGGAAGUGUUAAAAUAUGAACACUCGUAAUAAUAAUUAGUGAUAGAGGCUCAUAGUGUAAUUAAAUUACUUGAGUAAGUAUAUAAAUAUACAAUCAUUGGUUUGUACCUACUAUAAAUUCUUAAAAUGAGGCUGUUAUUAUGUUAUAGAUUUGCUAUUAAUAUUUAUACCUGUAUAAAGCAGGCAUUUCAGUAAAACAUCCUAUUUUUAACCUUCCUAUACGUAGGUAUGUAAAUCGCCUUAAUGACUGUGUUUUCUAAAAAAGUUCAUGUAUAAAUAAAUAUAGGUAUUUACGUCUUUUCUAAGUAGAUAGUAAGUCUGUUUAAUUAUAAAAGUCUACUUACCCACCUGCAUCUUCCUACACGUGUUGUCGGUUUAGAAGGUACAUGUCGACUUACCUGUAAGACAAAAUUAAAAAAUGUUAGAUGGUUAUAUAGAUAGGUACCUAAUACCUUAGGUUGGUGGUUUUUGAGUUAAAAGGUACAAAAGAGGACAUGUUGUUAUUAAUUAUUUUUACUUGAAACAGCGCCAUCUCGUAGAAGAUGGUAGAACUACAACGCAUGUACACAUAGAGCCGCUUCGCUUGCUGAUGCUCGGUGUUACGAGUGUUACGACGACUGCAGUCCGAUUUAUCCCCAAUAGAUGGCGUAAGCAGUACAGCAGCGGAGGCUAUCUCUAUACAUAGAGUGCAAUUUUAUCAGUGUCAUUCUCGGUGCAAGGGACCGACACAUACCUACUGAGCAACUUUCAACAAUAAACACGUUCUAAGAAGGUAGGUUGUGUGGAUUUCGUCGUCUAAUUACGCAUUAGGUAGGCAGAGAUGCAGUGUUGCACUGAUCAUAAGUGACUGUUCAAUCUUUGUUUAUAAGCGAGUCCGCCUUUUUCUAUGUUUAUAAGUAACAAAAGCAAAAGCAUCAAUCAUUUUGUAUCUCAAAAUAAAUGUUUUUCAUAAAAGUUCCGGUAGAUUUAACGACGGCAAAUAAAACAAACGGCUAUUUUCAGCCCGCCUGAAACUAUAAAUCAGCGUUAGUAGCGGAAAUGACGGUGCGUUGUGCGUACUAUGUAGAGUGCG